AUGGCCAUCUCUCUGAUCUGGGGGAUUGUGGUAGCAAUGUGCUGCUGUCUGUGGCUUACCCUUGGAAAGAGGAGAAGAAAAACGGGUGAACCUCCCCUGGAGAACGGCCUGAUCCCGUAUCUGGGAUGUGCUCUGCAGUUCGGUGCCAAUCCUCUUGAGUUCCUCAGAGCAAACCAAAGGAAACAUGGUCAUGUUUUCACCUGCAAACUGAUGGGAAACUACGUCCACUUCAUCACAAAUCCCCUGUCAUACCAGAAAGUGCUGUGCCAUGGAAAAUAUUUUGAUUGGAAAAAAUUUCAUUUCACUACUUCUGCAAAGGCCUUUGGACACAAAAGCAUUGACCCCAGUGAUGGAAAUACCACCGAUAACAUAAACAAAGCUUUCAUCAAAACCCUGCAGGGCGAUGCCUUGAACUCCCUCACAGAAACCAUGAUGGAAAACCUGCAGCGGGUUCUGAGGCCUGCAGGCCGGCCUGAGCCUAAGACACCCGCCUGGGAGACAGAGGGGAUGUACGCCUUCUGCUACCGAGUGAUGUUCGAAGCUGGAUAUUUAACUCUCUUCGGCAGAGAUCUUAUGGGACAAGAUGUGCAAAAAGCACUUAUUCUGAAAAAACUCGACAACUUUAAGGAAUUUGACAAAAUCUUCCCGGCCCUGGUAGCAGGCCUCCCCAUUCACGUGUUCAAGACUGCACACCACGCCCGGGAAAAGCUGGCGGAGGGCUUGAGGCACGAGAGCCUGGGAAGGAGGGACCACACGUCAGAACUGGUCAGGUUUCUGAAUGACAUGCUCUCCACCUUGGAUGACAUGGAAAAGGCCAAGACGCAGCUCGCUGUCCUGUGGGCGUCGCAAGCAAACACCAUUCCGGCCACUUUCUGGAGCUUAUUUCAAGUGAUGAGGAGCCCUGAAGCAAUGAAAGCAGCUACUGAAGAAGUGAAUGAAAUACUAAAGAGUGCUGGUCAAAAAGUCAGCUUAGACGACAAACCUAUUUGUUUGAAUCAAAUGCAACUGAAUGACAUGCCCGUACUAGAUAGUAUCAUCAAGGAGUCCCUGAGGCUAUCCAGCGCCUCCCUGAACAUCCGGACUGCUAAAGAGGACUUCACUUUGCACCUCCAGGACGGUUCCUUUAAUAUCCGCAAAGACGACAUCAUAGCUCUGUAUCCUCAGUUAAUGCAUCUGGAUCCAGAAAUCUACCCAGACCCUCUGACAUUUAAAUAUGAUCGCUAUCUGGAUGAAAAUGGGAAGACGAAGACCACCUUCUACAACAACGGACUCAAGUUAAAGUAUUACUACAUGCCCUUCGGGUCCGGAGCGACAAUAUGUCCUGGGAGGUUGUUUGCUGUCCAGGAAAUCAAGCAGUUUUUGAUUCUGAUGCUUUCCUAUUUUGAACUAGAGUUUGUGGAGAGCCACGUUAAAUGUCCCCCUUUGGACCAGUCCCGCGCAGGCCUGGGGGUUUUACCACCGUUAAAUGAUAUCGAGUUUAAAUAUAAAUUCAAACAUUUGUGA